AAAAUAAAGGGAAAAGAAAAUGCCAUUUUCGUUUCAAAACUUGAGAAAGGAGGAGGAUUGAUAGAGACAGAGAUUGAUAGCAAAGAAAGGGGCAAAGAAAGACUCAUCUCAGGAGGAGGAAGCAAAAUGGAUGAGUUCGAAUUUCAACGCAUUCUCAAUCUCUUCCCAGUCGUUCGCCCCCGCGAUUAUCAUGUUGACUCGGCAUCAUCAAGUCAAUCAACUGCUCAAUCAGCACAUAAUGACAUGGGUACAUGGGGUGGAGCGGAUGUAAAGGAAAUCCCAAUUCAAGGAACUGGACCGCAUGAUGCAUUUUGGAGGAAAUUAAGGAUGGCUGCAGAAAAGAAGGUGGGCGCAGCAGAGGCUGAAAAAUUUUGCAAGGCUUUUCAAAUAAUUCACAGGCAACUUGUUUAUGAAGAAUUGAGUUUAGCUGCUGCCAGUAGUAUUUUGAGCUCAUCACAGAGUUCUGAGGAAGAAUAGUUUCUUGCAGUUCAAUCAUUUAUGCUAUAAAUAAUCUGGUUUUGUUGGGUUGCGAUGACUCUAAAAUGUUGGAUGGCUCCAACUCUUACCUUCGCUUGGUACACUGAUUGUGAUCUCAAAGUGCUCUUUGCAUCUGUAGUUUGUUGGCAGACUCUUUAUGUUGAUUGAUCUGUUGUUUUUUUUACUCAGAGGGGGAUUGAUCUGUUGUCGUGUCGAAAUUCUGGUAAGAGGUAGCAAUUGAGAUGUUCACUUAAAAUGUCUCUUGAAAAUGAAAAUAGAAUGGUGUGAAUCUGA